UUAUAAAUUAAAAAAGACCGAAUUCUUCGUCUAACUCUAUCGCACUGAAACUCGCUCGCUUAACCCCAUUUGCAGAUUCGAGGAAAACCCGCAACGAUGGUUGCGGAAACGUUAGCAUAUCAAAACGGCGUCGUUUCAAACGGAGAUCUUGGCUCAAACUCCGCCCCCGCCAAAAAAUCGCGGGAGGCCGAACGCCGUCGCCGUCGCCGGAAGCAAAAGAAGAUCAACAAGGCCUCUAAGGAACCUAACGCAAACGCCCCCGAAAACGAUGACGACGAGAAGGAGAAUACUGAACCACAACAGGUUGUUGAACAAGUUGAAAUGGAGUAUGUUCCGGAAAAGGCAGAGCUAUAUGAAGGCUUGGAUGAAGAAUUUAAAAAAAUAUUUGAGAAAUUUAGUUUCACCGAGGUUACUGAUUCGGAGGAUAAUGAUAAGAAGGAUGAGUUAGCAGAAAAUGUAAUUGCUAAGAAAAAGACAGACUCUGAUUCUGAAGAGGAAGAAAAUGAUACCGAUCAAAGAGAGAAAGGUGUUUCAAACAAGAAGAAAAAGCUUCAACGCCGGAUGAAGAUUGCUGAGCUGAAACAGGUUAGCUCAAGGCCGGAUGUUGUCGAGGUGUGGGAUGCUACUUCAGCUGAUCCAAAGCUGUUGGUGUUCUUGAAGUCUUAUCGAAAUACUGUACCUGUACCUAGGCACUGGUGUCAAAAGAGAAAAUUCUUACAGGGAAAAAGAGGUAUUGAGAAACAACCCUUUCAGCUUCCUGAUUUUAUUGCUGCCACAGGAAUUGAGAAAAUCAGACAGGCCUAUAUUGAGAAAGAAGACAGCAAAAAGUUGAAACAAAAGCAAAGGGAACGCAUGCAACCGAAAAUGGGGAAAAUGGAUAUUGAUUAUCAGGUUCUUCACGAUGCAUUCUUUAAAUAUCAGACAAAGCCAAAGCUGACAUCUCUUGGGGACUUGUAUCAUGAAGGAAAAGAAUUUGAGGUAAAGUUGAGGGAGAUGAAACCUGGCAUGUUAUCACAUGAGUUGAAAGAAGCUCUUGGUAUGCCUGAGGGUUCUCCUCCUCCAUGGCUUAUUAAUAUGCAGAGAUAUGGUCCUCCACCAUCAUACCCUCAUCUGAAGAUCCCUGGCUUGAAUGCUCCUAUUCCCCCUGGAGCUAGUUUUGGUUAUCAUCCCGGUGGCUGGGGCAAGCCUCCUGUUGAUGAAUUUGGGCGUCCACUUUAUGGAGAUGUUUUUGGUGUUCAUCAGCAAGAUCAGCCUAAUUAUGAGGAAGAGCCGGUUGAUAAGACCAAACACUGGGGUGACUUGGAAGAAGAGGAGGAGGAAGAGGAAGAGGAAGAUGAGGAGGAAGAAGAAGAAGAAAUGGAGGAGGAGGAACUUGAAGCCGGUAUUCAGUCUGUUGAUAGUCUGUCAAGCACACCCACUGGGGUGGAGACACCUGAUGUUAUUGACCUUCGAAAGCAACAGAGGAAGGAACCUGAAAGGCCUCUUUAUCAAGUCCUUGAAGAAAAGGAGGAAAAACUUGCUCCCGGAACUUUGCUUGGAACUACACACACGUAUGUUAAAUUUGUAUAAUAUUUUUGUU